GCUGGCGGAGCUAUGACGAGCACGCGAACUAGAGAGGCCGGCUGGGGUCGAACCCUCGGGCGUGCAAGGCCCUCUCCCAUAGGAACGUGGGCGCUCGGCUGCCCUGAUUUGCUCAGACACAGGAAAUGAAUUCAAGCGGCUUUCAUCACGAUAACGCACCCCGCCACGAGCUCAGGAAUAUUCAGCAGCCUGCUUCGGGCUCGCGGCUCCGCUCCAGCCCCGCCCUGCCUAGCGGACUGCGCUUGCGCUGCUGGCGCGCGGCGCUGUCGUCAUACGUGCGCGCCGCCGCUGCCGCUCGCCGAGAGAGAAGGGAGGCUGUGAUGGCGAGUUCGGCUGCCUCCUCGGUGCGACCGCCGAGGCCCAAGAAAGAACCACAAGCGCUCGUCAUCCCCAAAAAUGCGGCAGAAGAGCAGAAGCUCAAGCUGGAGCGGCUCAUGAAGAACCCGGACAAAGCAGUUCCAAUUCCAGAAAAAAUGAGCGAAUGGGCACCUCGGCCUCCCCCAGAAUUUGUUCGAGAUGUAAUGGGUUCAAGCGCUGGGGCUGGCAGUGGAGAGUUCCACGUCUACAGGCAUCUGCGCCGGAGAGAGUACCAGCGACAGGACUACAUGGAUGCGAUGGCCGAGAAGCAAAAAUUGGAUGCAGAGUUUCAGAAGAGAUUGGAGAGGAAUAAAACUGCUGCAGAGGAGCAGACAGCAAAACGGCGGAAAAAGCGCCAGAAGUUGAAAGAGAAGAAAUUAUUGGCAAAGAAGAUGAAACUUGAACAGAAGAAACAAAAAGAAGGAUCCAGUCAGUCCCAGGAGCAGCCAUCCAGUAGCUCUGAGGAAGCAUCUGGAACAGAGGAGGAGGAGCAGCCCAGCUUCAUCACGGGGCGAUGACAGUGUUUGCUCUAGUGGGCUGUCUGGAGCCUGGCCCAUUCUGUGACCAGGGCCUCAGAAGACCCUCCACACAACCCGAGGGAAAAGGAGGCUCUGUUUCAACUCAUUUCCCCUCCCAGCGCUUUGCUGGAGGGAAGCAAGUGGGAACCCAUCUUGACCGUUGACGACCCCACCUGUGGGCAGGCCUCCAUGCCUGUGGGACAGAGAGGACCGGCUCCUGGACCCCUGGGGCACCACCGAGCAGAGUUCAUUCAGGUUCCCACUGAUAGUGAACACGUAUUACCUUCUGCCCCUGGUGUUUGGACAGUGAUGAGUUUGGACUGGUUUCUGUGAAAGAAAUGUUUAUUUAGUAAAGAACAGAAACACUUUAGGUUUUGUUCAGACCUGUGUUAUGUUGUUCCAAAGCUGUAGGGAAGGCUGGGAAGCAAUGUGACAGGAGUGGGCCUGUUUCCAGGCUUGCUGAAGGAAAUGGCCCUGGCUCUGGGCCAGCCCGCACUGCAUGGUGCAGGAACCCCACUUCCUCCCGCUGAGGGGCAGACUGUACCCCAUGAUACAUGCUGCCACCCAGCAGCUCCCAGUCCCCAAGUGUGAAUUGAGAAGCCCCCAGCAUGUGCAUAGGGAGAUGUGGGGCUCAGCCAGGAAGCCGAGUCAUAGGAAGGGCAACUUGGGGUGUGAAGAAAGCUUUCAGAAAAAUAAGCAGAGAAUCCCAGCUCUUCUGGACCAGAGCAGAGUGUGGGGAGUCCUGGCCCAACCCGAAGGGAGGGAGUGAAUUGGCCAAAAGUCGCAUUUUCGACCUGCAGUAGGGGGAUCUGAACCAGGUGCGAGGUGAGCCGGGGCAGUCUCUCUGGCCAGCGGGAGGGACAGAGAUGGUUUGAAUUGGAGCCUUUGCUCACUUUGGGGGCUAUUUAUCUCCAGUUCCAAGUGUCUAGUGCAUUUUGUGCCUUUUAUGGAGUUUGAUAGAAUUAAGGAAAUAGUGGUUUUGAGCGAAGGGAAACUAAGAAACAUUUUACUUUUUUCUCAUUUUUGCAGUAUGGAUUUUCCUGGUCCCCACCCUGGGCCAGGCGACAUCUGUGAUCACUUGUGUCUUUUAAACAAUUCAAGCCACCGGAAUUUUUCUUUCCCAGGAAACUGAAAUGGAAAAUUCAUCCCUAAUAAAUUAGCACACCCGUGGCUGUA